CGAUAACGUUUAUCGAUCAUUCCUUCGUCUAAGCUUCACUCCAGUAACAACAUGACUGAAAAGCGACCUCCAAAAGGACGAGUGAAGCUCAACGUCGGUGGCACCGCAUUCGAAACUUCAUUUUCCACUCUCACAAGUUUUGAUGACAGCAUGUUGUCUGCUUUGGUUGCUAAUCACUGGCGAAGACAGGAAGAGUUAUUCAUUGACAGGGAUCCCUCUCAUUUUGAAGAGGUGCUCAAUUACCUCAGAGAUGGGGAAUAUGUCGUACUCCCUGAGGACGAAAAUACUCUGAAACGACUUCAAAGAGAAGCUGAGUUCUACAACUUGCCUGGCCUUGUCGUGCUUUGCUCUACUAAGCUGCGGGUUAACAGCACCUGCUGCCGCGUAAUAUGGAUAGUCGCUGGUGAGGACACACACGUUCCGAAGUGCGCGCUUACAUUGAAGACGAAAACAGAACCCUCAUUUCAAUAAACGUUCACAGUCA